CUCAUCGGUAAAACUUCACCAAUAUAAUAGACAACUAACUCUAUAGUCUACAAAGCUUAGGGUGUCGACCUCAGCUAUCUCACUAGUAACUUAAUCUCUAUUACCAGCAUCUAUUACCGACCUAACAACAACAAAAAAAAGAAAGGCCCAAGGAGCUCACGAAAAAACUUUGGCCAGAUUUGAGGAAGAGAAGGGAAUUUUUACUAAAAACAAAUCAACCUCCCCCAGCUUGCCGCUUAUCAACACUUUGUAAAGAUAAAUCAAAUAAAUUAACACAAGUUGAUUAUUUCUAUUGAUUCAACUUAAUACUAACUGAAAAAUAAUAUAUGCAUAGUAAUAUAUCAUAUAUAUAUAUAAAAUAACAUCAUCAUUAAUCAUUCAAUUAAAAUCCUUAAACAGAAUAAUAUAUAUAUAUAUAUAUAAUUUGAUAAAAUGGAUUUAAGAGUUGGUAAGAAAUAUCGCAUUGGACGUAAGAUUGGUUCAGGAUCAUUUGGUGAUAUUUAUUUAGGUACUAAUAUUAUUAGUGGAGAAGAAGUUGCUAUUAAAUUAGAAAAUAUUAAAGCUAAACAUCCUCAAUUAGAAUAUGAAGCAAAAGUUUAUAAAGCAUUAAGUGGAGGAGUUGGUAUACCAUUUGUAAGAUGGUAUGGUACAGAAUGUGAUUAUAAUGCUAUGGUAAUUGAUUUAUUAGGUCCAUCAUUAGAAGAUUUAUUUAAUUAUUGUAAUCGAAAAUUUAGUUAUAAAACAGUUUUACUUUUAGCUGAUCAAUUAAUUUGUCGUAUUGAAUAUAUUCAUGCAAGAUGUUUUAUUCAUAGAGAUAUUAAACCUGAUAAUUUCUUAAUGGGUAUUGGUAGAAGAGGUUCUCAAGUUAAUGUUAUUGAUUUUGGUUUAGCUAAAAAAUAUAGAGAUCCAAGAACUCAUUUACAUAUUCCUUAUCGUGAAAAUAAAAAUUUAACUGGUACUGCAAGAUAUGCUAGUGUUAAUACUCAUUUAGGUAUUGAACAAUCAAGAAGAGAUGAUUUAGAAAGUUUAGGUUAUGUUCUUAUUUAUUUCUGUCGUGGUUCAUUACCUUGGCAAGGUUUAAAAGCUGCUACUAAAAGACAAAAAUAUGAUAGAAUUAUGGAAAAGAAAAUGACAACUCCAAAUAAUGUAUUAACAAAAGGUUUACCAUCUGAAUUCUUACAAUAUAUGAAUUAUAUUAAAACUUUAAGAUUUGAUGAUAAACCUGAUUAUCCUUAUUUAAGAAAAUUAUUUAGAGAUUUAUUUAAACGAGAAAAUUAUCGUUAUGAUUAUGUUUUUGAUUGGACUUUAUAUAAAUUUCAACAAGAAAAGCAAAGACAACAAGGUAAGAUUGAAAAUGGUGAAAAUAAUCAAAUUAAUGAUAAUACCAUUAAUAAUCAAACCAAUGAAAUUUCUAAUCAAACAGUACCAAAUCAAACUAAUCAUCAACAAUCACCAAUUCCUCAACCUGUACAACAAUCUCAAACACAUCCAAUUCCACAAUAUAAUGAUGAACCAACACAAUAUCCAAAAUAUUAUGAAAAUAGGUUACCACAACCAAUUACACAAACAGCAGUCCCAACCACACAAUAUCAGCAUAAAAAUUAUCAAACUUCAGGUCAAGUACCACCAACACAGCAACAACAACAACAAUCACAUCAACAAUCAACGCAACCAUCACAACAAGCCACUUGGAUAUAACAUUCUCAAUUAUAUUCUAUUCAAUCUUAUAGUAUUCCAUUAUUCAAUAUUUUACAUCGUUUCUGAUUUAGGAUUUGAUAUAUUUUCUUAUAUCAAUCUCUAAUAUUUCGUUUCAAGUUUAACUUGAAUUGAAUUUUAUUUGCUAUCUUAUUUCAUUUUAUUUUACUAGUAUAUUUUCUGGGCUAUAUCGUCAUUUCGUUUUUAUUUUGCAUCUUCACUUGAAUUAAAUUAAAUUAAAUUAACUUAAAUUAAAUUAAAUUAAAUUAACUUAAA